UUCCCACCCAACCUCACACUCUUCAUUCGGGCGGAGCCCCGGUAUAAAUUCCUCCUCUGCUUGACCAACUCUUGCACAGGACAUUCAGUACAUUCUUUCAUCUUCAGGUGACGCUCUGCCUUUUAUCAACACAGUCAAAAUGCCGUCUGAUCUGGAGAGAGCAAUGGAAACUCUGAUCACGGUGUUUCACCGUUAUGCCGACACAGAGGGUAGCAAAGCAUCCCUGAGUCGCAAAGAGCUCAAACUGCUGAUGGAGAAAGAACUGUCUAGCUUUCUGAAGACUCAGAAGGACCCUGCUGCCAUUGACAAGAUUAUGAGGGAUCUGGACUCUAAUGGAGAUGGAGAGGUGAAUUUUGAAGAGUUUGUGUCUCUUGUGGUGGGCCUCUCCAUUGCCUGCGAACAGAUCUACCAGAAGCAUACGCAGACACCUGCUGGUGUCAAAAAGAAUUAAAUAGUCAAACAUGAAGGCAAAAAAAAAAUCUGGUUUUCUGUUUCGUCAUUUUGUUAAUGUUUUUCACUUUCAGCCACAUGCCUUGAAGUUGUUACUGCAGUUACACUGUAUGUAUGUUUUGCAAAAGAUUAUGUUUUGUCAUUUUUGUCCAGUGAUGUUCAAAUUUUUUAAGUUUUUAUAAGUGUCAGCAUUGGGCACAAAAUAUAUUCUCAAAAGUCCUGUAAGUUCCACCAUGGAAAUAAACACUCAAUGAUUUUC